UACUCACUGCGUGCCCAUCACCCGUGGUGUCCCAUGUCCUUACUCUGAGCUUGUCGCUUCCUUCUUGCCUCUCUUCAGACACAGCUGUGACCCACCUACAGUUAGGCCUGACCUUGGCUGGGCCUCUGGGGAGUCGCUUUUUGCCCAAGAUCUCUAACCAGACCUGGCGGCCAUGUCUGCUGCGCCCGGCCUCCUGCACCAGGAGCUGACCUGUCCGCUGUGCCUGCAGCUGUUCGAUGCGCCUGUGACGGCCGAGUGCGGCCACAGCUUCUGCCGCGCCUGCCUGGGCCGCGUGGCAGGGGAGCCCGCGGCGGACGGCACGGUGCUCUGCCCGAGCUGCCAGGCACCCACGCGGCCGCAGGCGCUCAGCACCAACCUGCAGCUGGCGCGCCUGGUGGAGGGGCUGGCGCAGGUGCCGCAGGGCCACUGCCAGGAGCACCUAGACCCGCUGAGCAUCUACUGCGAGCAGGACCGGGUGCUCGUGUGUGGCGUGUGCGCCUCGCUCGGGUCGCACCGCGGCCACCGCCUGCUGCCCGCCGCCGAAGCCCACGCGCGCCUCAAGACACAGCUGCCACAGCAGAAGCUGCAGCUGCAGGAGGCAUGUAUGCGGAAGGAGAAGAGCGUGGCUGUGCUGGAGCAUCAGCUGGUGGAGGUGGAGGAGACGGUGCGUCAGUUCCGGGGGGCAGUGGGGGAGCAGCUGGGCAAGAUGCGCUUGUUCCUGGCUGCGCUGGAGGGUUCCUUGGACCGCGAAGCCGAACGUGUGCGGGGUGAGGCAGGGGUCGCCUUGCGGCGGGAGCUGGGGAGCCUGAAUUCUUACCUGGAGCAGCUGCGGCAGAUGGAGAAGGUGCUGGAGGAGGUGGCAGACAAGCCGCAGACUGAGUUCCUCAUGAAAUACUGCCUGGUGACCAGCAGGCUACAGAAGAUCCUGGCAGAGUCACCACCACCUGCCCGGCUGGACAUCCAGCUGCCCGUCAUCUCAGAUGACUUCAAAUUCCAGGUCUGGAGGAAGAUGUUCCGAGCUCUGAUGCCAGCGCUGCAGGAGCUGACCUUUGACCCGAGCACGGCCCACCCGAGCCUGGUGCUGUCCUCCUCGGGCCGCCGCGUGGAGUGCUCGGAGCAGAAGGCGCCGCCGGCCGGAGAGGACCCAUGCCAGUUCGACAAAGCGGUGGCCGUGGUGGCACAACAGCUGCUGUCUGAGGGCGAGCACUACUGGGAGGUGGAGGUGGGCGACAAGCCGCGCUGGGCGCUGGGCGUGAUCGCGGCCCAGGCCGGUCGCCGAGGCCGGCUGCACGCGGUGCCCUCGCAGGGCCUCUGGCUGCUCGGGCUGCGGGAGGGCAAGAUCCUGGAGGCUCACGUCGAGGCCAAGGAGCCGCGCGCCCUGCGCACCCCGGAGAAGCGGCCCACGCGCAUCGGGAUCUACCUGAGCUUCGGCGAUGGCGUCCUCUCCUUCUACGACGCCAGCGACCCCGACGCGCUAGAGCUGCUCUUCGCCUUCCACGAGCGCCUGCCCGGGCCGGUGUACCCCUUCUUCGACGUGUGCUGGCACGACAAGGGCAAGAACGCGCAGCCGCUGCUGCUCGUGGGCCCCGACAGCGGCGGGGAGGCCUGA